UUUUUGAUGACAGAUUGUGAAUUGUGGUUUUGUGAUAAUAUGAAAUUUUACUUUACCAAAAUAAUAAAAUAACAAAAUAACUGCAAAGCACAAAAAUGGAAAAUAUCGUAUUUAUGGAUCAACUUACUUGCCGAACUUGUUUAAUAAAUGUUGAAGUUUCUAAUUCAUUACAUGAUAGUUUUGAGUUUGAUAGAAAAAUUGAACUUAAAGAGAUCCUUUCGAAAGUGUCCAGUAUUGUGAUUGAUUGGAAUAAAACCAUACAACUUACACGAAUAUGUACUGAAUGCACAGAAAAACUGCUCAAAGCCUAUGAAUUCCAAACACAAAUCGAGACAAGUGAAAGACGUCUCAAUGAAUAUUUUGAGGAUGUCAAGAAGUGUGAGGAGAGAGUUGAAGAUGAGGACGAUCAACAAAUAACAACAACUAUAGAUUCAACAUCAAAUGAUGGUUUUAUUAUUGAAGAAGUUGAUGAAAAUAUUUUAGAUCUCAUAACAUUUAAGACAGAAACAAGUAGUCCAACUAAAGAAGAGACAGUUGAAGCAGAUGAAAAUUUGCCAUCCGAAUCAAAGUCUCCAAUUUCCAUUGAAAUUCUAGAUGACAAAGCCGAAGAAAUAUCUGAAGACUUGAAUGCAUCUCCUAAGCGAAGAAUUAAAACAAAGGAACAAAAACUGAAUAAAAUAAAAAAGCCAAAAAAAGAAAAAGUUGGUAGGAAAGGAAAAGCUCCUAGUUUAAUCGAAGAUGCAGCUUUUCAAUGUGAAACUUGUGCAAGGAAAUUCUUCUCUACCGAAACCUUAGAACGUCAUCAAAAGUGUCAUUUGGGAUCUGGUUCGUUUCAAUGUAAUCACUGUGCUCGAAGUUUUACAAAAAAGGAUAAUCUUCUGCGACACAUGAUAACACACAAAGUAACAGAAGAUGUUCCUAAGAAGCAUAAGUACAAGCAUGGGCUUUGUCCGCAUUGUGGUGAAAGUUUUCCCGCCGCAAGUUUGAUAAUUCACAUUCGACGGCAUACAGGUGAAACACCAUAUAAGUGUGAAAUAUGUGGCAAGGGCUAUCCUCGUCUUCAAGAUAUGACGAUACACAAACGUUUACACACUGGCGAGAAGCCACAUGUGUGUACAACAUGUGGUAAGGCUUUUUCCAGAACUAACUCAUUAGCCAGACACAUUCGUGUUCACACUGGUGAACGACCAUAUAAAUGCAAUCAAUGUGAUAAGGCAUUCGCCCAAUCCAACGACCUGAAUUUGCACAUUCGUCGUCAUACUGGGGAGAAACCGUAUAAGUGUAAUGUUUGUAAUUUAAGUUUUAUAAAUGGAUCCAUAUUAAAGAAUCACAGAAAAUCAGCAUCACAUUACGAAGAUGACCAAAAAGUUCCAGAUCGUUAUGAGAAAAUUCGUGUUACGAAUCCACAUCGAGCUUGUUGGACAACUAAGGGAGAUGAAAAAAAAGUUAUAGCAGUUAAGGAUAUAAAAGAAUCGAUAACAAUGACGAGGGGAGAAGUAGAGCAAGACUUUAAAAUGGAAAGUAUUGUUUAUUUGGAUCAUUUAACAUGUCGAACUUGUUUAAAUAAUAAUAUGGAUGUUUCUAAUUCGCUCUAUGAUUGCGUAGAAUAUGAAACAAAAAUUGAACUCAAAGAGAUUCUUUGGAAAAUCUCAAAUGUUGUGAUUGCAUCAAAUGAAAAUAUACAACCGACUCGUAUUUGUAUGGCAUGCACAGAAAGACUUCUCGAGGCAUACGAUUUUCUGGUCAAAGUCGAGGAAAGCGAGAGAAGACUCAAGGAGUAUUUUGAUAGUGUGGUCCUAAAGUUGGAUGAAGUCCAAGAAGAGAAUAGUUAUGUUCAAGAAAUCAAUUCUACUCCACCAGACGAAGAAGAUUACCAUAUUCUCAAUGAAUUAUCAAGGGAACCAACCGAAGAGGAAUACGAUUUUGAAGAAGAGGUUGUUGAUGUGCAGGACGCCCAAAUAUACGAUGUUAUGUUACAAAAAAACUCACAGGAAUCGAUAGAAAGUCAUUCAUUGACAAUGUCCAAUGGUGAAGUGAUUCAAAUAGAAGGAAUUAAAGCCGAAAUAAAAUGUAUAGAAGAUUUUCCUAUUAAAUACGAAACAUCUGUUGAAGGUGAAAUCUUAGACAAUGUGUCAAUCAAAUCAGAGUCAGUUGUACCUGUAUCAAUGGUGGUAGAACAACUUGACGAAAUAAAUUGUGAAAUAAUAUCGGAACAAGAGGAGGACAAUCAAAGUAACAUUCAUGAAGGAAAUGAAGAAACAGAAAUUCCAAUUCAAGCCUUCGAAUGUCCGACUUGCCUUAGAGUGUAUUCUAAACGGGGAUCAUUGGCUCGUCAUCAACAAUCACACCAAACUUCUGGUUCAUUUGAAUGCAGUCACUGUGAAAAAAGUUUCACCCGCAAGGAUAAUUUGCUCCGUCAUAUGAUAACCCACAAGGAAGGACAGAGAAAGCAUAAAUACAAACAUGGUCUGUGUCCGUUUUGUGGAGAGAGUUUUCCCCAAGCUAGCUUAAUUAUCCACAUACGACGACACACCGGCGAAAAACCAUAUAAAUGCGACAUAUGUGACAAAGGUUACCCACGGUCUCAGGAUCUUUUGAUACAUAAACGAUCUCACACUGGUGAAAAGCCACAUUUGUGUAAUAUCUGCGGGAAAGCCUUUUCGCGUCCAAAUAAAUUGGCACGACACAUUCGAGUGCACACCGGUGAGCGUCCGUAUAAAUGUACUCAAUGUAGCAAAGCGUUCGCACAAUCAAACGAUUUAAAUCUACACAUUCGCCGUCAUACGGGUGAGAAGCCCUAUAAAUGUGGAAUAUGUAAUGAAGGAUUUAUCAAUGGAACAGCGCUCAAGAACCAUCGACAGUCGGCAAAGCAUUUUAGCAAAGAAGAUCAGCGGGUAGAUCGCUAUGAAAAAAUUCGGGUAACAAAUCCGCAUCGACCAUGUUGGAGGACAAAAUUAAAUGGAACGGAAACGCUACCAAUACAGACAGACGGCAAAUCUGUUUCGAACAUUCAAAGUAUUGAGGAGGAUUUGGGUUUAAUAGUAGAAGCCGAUGAGAACUCUUGAUAAAUUAAGAAUAAUUGAUUUAGGUUAAAUUAAGAAUGCACAAAAAAAAGAUUGAUUUAUUAAUAAAGAAAACCAAAAUUA